AUGUGGAUUUAUCAAGCUUUGAAAUCUCAUAAGAUAUCUCCUAAGUUCAUUAGGUUGUUUGAAGUAUUGAGUAAAAUUUGUCCUGUAGUGUACCAGAUAGUGUUACCUCCGAAUCUCUCAAAUCUACAUCCGGUGUUCCAUGUGUCACAACUCAAGCAAUAUGUGUCAGAUCCUUCUCACGUGAUUAACCUUGACCCGAUGCAAGUGAAGGAGGACUUGUCCUAUGAUGUGUACUCGGUGAGGAUUACGAACCGUGUUAAGCAGUUGAGGGGCAAGGAAUUCUCGUUAGUGAAAGUGAUAUGGAGUUCAAGUGAUGAGGGAGAUGUCACAUGGGAAACCGAGAGUAGAAUAAGGGAACUAUAUCCGAGAUUAUUUAUGUAA